AUGAUAAUAGAACUAUCAGAAGCAUGCGCGGAAGAAACGGAUCUGUUCGGGUUUUUGUUGGAUUAUUUUGGGACCGUUUUCGAACUGAAAUGUGAUGUUCGAGUUAUACCGUGGUUCAGUUCUAGGAUGGUUCGCGAAUCGUUCAAGCAGUUCUUGCUUCACUGCCGGGACCAUUGUUAA